AUGGCGGCCCAAGGCGGCAGCAGCAGCACGGCGGGUAAAGAGCCCGAGGCUGGGGUCACCUACUAUAUGAUGGAAGAGGUGGCGAAACACAACUCGGAGAAGGACGCGUGGCUGGUGAUCCACGGGCGAGUGUACGACAUCACCGGCUUCCUGGACGAGCACCCGGGGGGAAGAAAGGUUCUGAUGGAAAAAGCAGGUCAGGACGCGACCGAUGGCUUCGAGGCUGCCGGACACUCGGCGGACGCCCGGGAGAUGCUGGCACAGUUCUGCCUCGGGGAGCUGCGGCCGAGCGAACCACGGGGUAAGGGAGGGGAAAAUAGUGGUUAUGCAUAUGCAUAUAGCUGA